CAGUGUGUCGGUAAUUACACACACAGCUCUGUGGCUGGCCGAAUGCUCAAAUGUGAGUGUCUGGCUCGAUUUUCUGGACAGACAGUUUGAAAAUACUGUACAGUCAUUUGCAUUUUCAGACGUGAACAAUGAGUGGGCUCAUUUCAACAGAGUUUACAGAUCUUACGGCUGACAACUUUGAGAACUCCCUGGCAUCCGAUGAUCUAUUGGCUCAAUACUUUAAUGAUUUCUUAACUUUGCCGUCUUUCCCAGAGACACCUCUGUUGUACAACCAGGAGACCGGGCAGUUUGAGGUAGUGGAUGGAGCGGCUGAGUUUGUUUCCAGAAGAAUCCGAUCAGGUGUACACCGCAGCAGAUCACAACUACUUACUGGUGACCCUGCAGCGCUGGCCAGAACCCCCCCAGUAGACAACCAUUACCCUAUCUGUUGCCUGGACAGAGAGCAAGGAAUUCAGUGGAUCAUGAAAGAGAGACUUCCCUUUUUCCUUCAAAGUGAUUGCUACAAUGAAUACAGACUGUCCAAGCUGUUGUUUCAGAAGAACACAAUCUUCUGUAUCCAGAGGAGGAAAGGCAGUUCAAGUCGACCCACCCGGUCAGCCCCACAGCUGUGUUUUCCCUCCCAAUCUGACGAGGAAACUAACAAAGCACUGAAGGGCCUACCGUGCUCGCAUUCACAAGACAACAGUUCUGCAAAACAAGGCUCUUCGGGGACGCACAACGUCACAUGUCUACCCUCUGGACUGAAGGAACAUAUCAACACAAAAGGCAGUGAAUCAUCCAGAUGUUUCUCCAGCUGUUCUGAGCCAGAGAACCCAUGUCACUUUUGCUCUUCGUCCUCUCCCUCCAACCUUGAAUGUGAGAAACUCCAGAGCCCACAAACAGAGUGGAGCCUCUCCUUCACAGAGCCCUCAGCUGGCAACUCAGAGGAGCAACAAGAGUCUAGUCGCCAAAAUGAGUACCUGGCAGCCAAAGUGGUCAAACAGGUGCUUAACAAUGCAGUGUACGUGAUGGAUGGUCAGAGCCGGGCAAACAUGUCCGACUGUUUCAGUAAGUCUGGAGACCAGACAAAUUGUACCAGCGAAGACAGAUCCUGUGAUGGGAAAGUUCACCUGCGUUCGGCUGACGAGGGCACAGAAAGGCUGGAAGGGAAAAAAGAGAAAGUUCAAGAGGGCAAGAGGUGCAGUCGGGCAGAAGAAAAGACUGAGUGGUUUAAGAAGAAUAGGAGAGUGGGGGGUGGAGGCACAGAACAGGAAAAUAUCCUUGAUAUUUGUUGCCAUGGCAGCUGUUGCCGUGGCAAUAUACCAGGCUUGGAUGAGUUGAAGGACUUUUUGCGAGGAACGCCGGGAGAGAAACUGCUCAACCUCUGGAUAGAUGUAGCGAGGCUGAAUGCUACACAGAGCAGAGAGCGGAAGAACAGUAAUGUAUGUAUCAGGUACUUGGUCCUGAUGAGGAGGCGGUACCUGCUGAGCAGCAGCCAAAGCAGUCUCAAUGUGGAGCUGCUCUCCAGACUGGGGAUGACUACUUCCCCCUGCUGGACAGAGGAGAAACUGCGCUCAGUUCUGCCCUUUCUCACUGAGUCUCUGCUCUACUACUGGGUUCCUCGGUUCUGGACGUCCCAGUGGGUUCAUGAAGACCGCGAUGACUCCCCUCAUCCAGAGCUGUGGACAGAGUGGUGUGUUUGGCCCCAGUCAGACACACAGCCCCACCACGGCUCUAUGGCUCUCUGCUCGGACACCUGCCUGCCCCAGUACCCCCAUGCUGUCCACACGCGGUUCUAUUCUAGCAGAAGUCAGUUACUGGGCAGCAGAAGAAUGAAGAAGAUGCUACAGGCUCUUUCUGUUGAAUCGUGUGCCGGCUUAUACUUCACACACUUCUGUGAACAAUCUGGAAACCAGCUGUGGGAGAAUGCAGUUAACCUUUGGACUGACCUGCAGCACUACCAUGAGCUUUUCUAUCAGGACGGACUGGACCCCUACCGAGUCCAGAGAGAGACACAGCUCUUCUACUCCACCUACCUCUCCAGCUCUGCCAGGAGGAGCAUUGGUGUCAGUGAGGAGAUCAGAAGGGAGGUGUACGACCAAAUGAUGCCCGCUUUUGAGGAGCUGUUUGACAAGGUUGAGGAGCACACACUGAACAUCCUGCUGGAGCCGUGGACACUGCUCGUCAGCAGGGACAAAGAGUCCUUCCAGAAGGUGUGUGUGCAGGAGGAGGUGCGUUGCAUCGACAGUCAGGAGUACAGGGAGCUCCAGAGUCUGUACGAGGAAUCAGAGCGCCGACUGAAACAGGUGAAGCAGUCCACGCUAUUUCCCUCUCCCAUUUCACCAUCGACUCCCUUCUCAAAGGGCCCCCGGGCGCCUGACUCUUGGUCCAGAGUGUCUCCAAAUUACCAAGGCUACCGUCUAGGUUCCUUACUUCGCCACCGUCAGGAAAUCGGACACUUUAUGUCCUUCCUACAGAAUCGGGAUGCCAGUAUCCAUCUGACAUGCUGGCUGGAUCUGGAGCAGUACAGGAGGACUCCUCACAAAGACAACGCUGUCAGACAGGAGAAAUGGUCUCAUAUUGCGACCAAAUAUCUCACCAGGACGUACUUCUUUGGCUCCGACAGCCCGGCCACAACAGAGCAACAGAAUGACAUAUUGCUUCUGGCAGGUGGACUGGAGCGUCUCAAGCUCGAAUGUCCCUCUUACCCAGUCGUUGGGGAGAUCCAGGACGUCAUCAGGAGUCACAUUGAGAAAAGGUGGCUGCCUCUGUUCCUGUCCACAGCUGAGUUCACAGAGCGACUGAAACACCAACCAAAGCCCCAAGCACCGGACAGACUCUCACAACACGUCUACCGUCGACGCAGAGCGAGGAGAGAAGCCUGGAAGGCCGAGGGCUUGUGGAUGAGUUCCUCCAAAGAGAUCCUGCUGUUUCGACGGAUCCUUCUCAACCCUGCCACCUGUAUACAGUUCCAGCACUUUGUCUCUCUGAAAGGAGACUUCCUGGAAAGCGAUGUGCUCUUCUGGCUGGAGGUGCAGAGAUACAAGGACCUCUGUCACUCCCACAGCGAUGAGGCCACUGUCCAGCAGAAGGUCUCCACCAUCAUUAACUGUUUCAUCGACUCCUCCAUGCCCCCGGCUCUGCAGAUAGACAUCCCUCCUGGACAGGCCCAGCAGGUUCUGGAGAGACGCCACAAACUGGGUCCUUACAUCUUCAGAGAGGCACAGAUGUCAGUGUUCAGUGCACUGCUGAAGUUCUGGCCUGAGUUUCAAGAGCUGAGCAGCAGUGUCCAAGAGGGGCAACUUCUUCCUCUACUGCAGGAGAAACGGGUCAAACACAGAGCCAGAGUACGGAGACAGCGGAGAAAAGAGGAGGAAGAGGAGAGCGAGGAGGAGAAGAGGAGAGCUCAGAAAGAGCUGGAGAGGCCGGAGUCCAGUCUUGGAGAGGAGAAGGAAGACGAUGUAGAAGGACAAGAGGGAAGAAGUGUAAAAAAACAGUCGAGGGCACAGAGCAGAGAGCUGCUGACUCCCACACAACAGUUGUCGUGGUCCUACGCCAAGUACUUGGCGGCUCUGAAGAGAGAAGAGGUGCUGCUGAGGAGACAGAGUCAGCUGGGAGCCUCGUUCUCCACGGCCUCAGGUACACCCCCCCUCCAUUUGUCUCCCAGGGCUCAGUCAAAUCCCCAUGUCCAGCACUUUAACUACUCUCUGCUACCAGUCAGACUAAAUGAAGGAAAUCAAAAUACUGAAAUGACUUUUAGCCGUUCUCACAGUCGACGCCAACCCCUUCCAUCUGUCAGAACUGUCUCAUUAUGAAGAAGUCUGACCAAAAGAGCAGCUUCAGCUUGUCCAUUAGGUGGUAAUGUUCUGUACAGGAGUUAGAAUACCCUGCCCAAGGUAGAACAAAACAUGACCACGUUUUUUCAUAAUUUUAAUGGUUAUGGUCCGAGCAAAAACAUUGAAUCAUUAUAAAACUAGAGCCCAUAGGCUUGUAAAUGUCAUAGUACUGUAUGUUAUAAAACUUUGCGGUGUUGAGCAACUUACCAGUUUCUUAAAGGAAGCUGGAGAGAAUGUAGCAGGCUGAGCUACCACAACAUGGCAGAAGUAGUUCAGCUACAAGAAUGCAUACUUAACUCUAACAUCCAUGGACAAUCCUGCACCUUACUACCAUAGCAAUAACAUUAUAAAUAAAUCAGAAUAAUUAAACUCUCUCUGGAUCACUUUCUCUCCGUCCUGACCCAUCAAGUAAACACAAGCUGGCGUGGCAACUUCUAUAUAUCGUAUGGGGUCUUGUCUUGUCUUUCUCUAAGUUUAACAUCUGCAGAUGGACUCACUACACAUUCAGAAUGAGUACAGGUGGUGUCGCCUUUUAUUCACACAGACAAACAACGGGAUUAGAGAGGGGGUAACUGACACAUUAUCUAGAACUGGUACAAAUCAGCAUCUUCAGAAGAUGACAGAGCGUUUUAGGCCACGGUCAUACAGAAGUGCUUCUCUCGGCUACACGUCCAUGUAUGGUGCUGUUGUACUGUUUCAUUUCAUGUCACAGCAGAAAUGAUCGGGCAAAUUUAGCUUGUGUGGACUUGAUCAAUAAAAGAGCUAAGCUACUGAAAACUUCAGUUACCAGAUCAACCAAUACUGCCCAACAGUGAAAGACAUAAAAGUAUCACAGUAUAGUAGGUCAUAAAUAAUACAUGGAUUUGCAUUUAUACAGCGCCUUUCUAAUCUUCCGACCACUCGAAGUGCUGUACCCUAAAUUGUCACGUACAUGUUUCUGUCAUUCUCUUCUUGUGUUUCCACAGACUGAGUCCAGAGUUUUGUUUCCAAACCAGAACUGAGGAUGAACGGCUUUCUUCACCACAUCGUCUUCUAUUGUAUCGAUGAACUUCUAACUUAGUUUGACACACUAUGAUAUAACAUUUUAGUGAUAUACUAUACAAUGCCUUUUUCAUGGCUAUUUUUUAUUAUCUGUUACACAGUGAAGUGUAACAGAUACGAUGGUAAACAAAGAGUGAAAUAACAUUUAGUAACAAAUAACAAAGCAGUUACUUGCCACUCAGACAUAACUGGCUCUCAUGUUUCACUGAAGCCUGCAACCGUGAUAUGAAACCAAAGUGUUAAGAAGUGACUUCGUGCCACCCAGCUUUGACGCAAACAGAUGACGGCGGUGCCUGAACGCCGUCAUCGGAGCGCCACGAGUGAAAACUAAGAGCACAGCUGUUACUGAUGUCUUGAUGAGGUAGAAGUCUGAGGCUGGGUUUACACAUGGUGUAAGAAUAGUUGCUUGAACCAUGUGUGACAAAGAUAUGGGAGCCCUGAAAGGAAGAGUGAGAUUUAAAAAAAAAAAAACAGAUCUAUUUUAUAAAUCUGAUCUAAAUUGUUUUCCAUCCUGUGUUUAUGACUUCAGCACAGGUGAGGAAUAGGGUCUCUAAUACUCAUUUUGGCUACACGAGGCUGACGUGCACUGCUACACAAUGUGACUCAAAGCAUCGUUUUCCUCCAGGUGACUUUACAUUUACAUAACUUGCUAACAAUAUAUGUACCUUGCCUUUAGAGUGCAUGGACAAAUUAAAAUUCACCUGAAAGAAAACAUGAAUGCUUUUAUUCCUAUUUAGAUCGUGGGGUAGUGGUGAAUGUCAGCCUCUUGUGGCCAACAUUAGUAUUACAACAAACACACAUUUAAAUGGUGAGGUAUGGGAAUUGUAUCUAUAUAGCACAUUCUAUAACACAAGGGCAAUUCAAAGUGCUUAACAUAAGCAUAAACAUGCAAACUAGUGAGAGAAGGCCAGUACUGUCCGGUACUCUGUAUUAGUAAAGAGUCAGUGCCGUUAGUCUGCAAGACCAACAACCUGUUAUGAUUGCAUUCCUACGAGAAAACAUCUGCUCAUUUAAGGUCAAUGUAAACAACUGUUACUUCUGUCAAGAAGGUUAUCAGCUUGAUUCAUCAGUUUGUCUGUACAGGCAUUAUGUUUCACUUUCAUUAACGUUGUCAGAUAUCUACUCAUCUACUCUCCAUGUUGAUUCCACAUUGCGCCCUGCAGCUCCUGAACACACCGAUGUUCAAAGAACGACUUCCCAACUCGGGACAUCUGACACAUCUGAGAAGCACGUGAAUGCACCAUUGACUGCGCUCUCCGAAGUGGCAUUCUGCUUCUCUUAUGAGCUGCUUCUAAACUGUUCCAGUGUUGUGUUUUGUGUCCAGCACAGACCUGCAGCUUUUUGAAUUCGUGCUUGCUGCCUUUUUCAAAAUUGUUUAGUUAGUCUGCUGCUGGCAAACGUCAACUUCUGCUGACUGAUGGAGUGCUGUGGGUUUUUUGGCAGGCAUUCACUUCUUGUAAAAAUCUCCAACGUGAUACGAUGGACAAAAUAAGUUGUGAUGUUUCGGGAUGUUCAGUUUUAUUCCAACAUGAACAGCAUGCCAAAGCAGCUGUGACUUCUGCAACACAAACAAUUUAUAUCGGACUCAGUUUCUGGCUGUGUCCACUCGUGUAUUUCAUUCAUAUUUGCCAGAUUCACACUUCAUUUCCCUCUUAUAUUGUACACAGUAAAGGCACAACACUUCAUCAUUUUUUAUGUAUUUAUUAAAAUAUUAUCCAUAUACAUACAUUAAAGGCAUCAGACAGAGCUCAGUGGUGCAACAAUAUAAAAGGCAACAAUAUGUUUGCAUCAUGAGGGGUUGGCAUCCACGCAAGGUUACAAGGAACAGUUUUAUUGUCAAGAAGUAUGUUACAUCAUCUAUAAAACAACAUUUUGGUUGACAGCUGGUUUCUCUAGCGUCCAUCAACAUGUAUGUAAUAUUGCACUUAACAUUGGCACGAGACACAGUCACUACAUGGAGAAUGUAAACGGAGAGCUUGUUCUGCAGAGUGAAACAUUGCGCAGCGGUUUGAUGGAAAUGGAACAGAUUAGUUGUGUACUGCAACACUGAGGUUUCACACGGACUGAAAGAGCCCCCAUUUAAAGUUGGGAGGAAACGCUGUUGAUCCGAGGAGGUUUAAGUUGACACAACUCUUUGUUGGUUUUAGUGUUUACUAUAGUAUGUGCUCGGUGAAAUGUCUUAACUUACAUGUGUUUCUAAGAUUCAGACUGAUUCUCAUUCAUGUGAUGAGCUUGUUUGUAUCUGUAAAAAUAUAUCUUUCAAAUGCAAGACUUUUCUCUACAUCCCUAAGGCAUGAAUGACCAGGUGGACUUACUUUAAUAAAAAAUUAAUUCUUAUUUUACCUCAACAUAUCUUUUGCAUAAAUGUGUAGUUAUUCUUUCAGAGUAGAGUGUAUUUUUAAGGCUUAUUUUGAAUCAGAUUUUUUUUUUGUAGCAAAUCCACAUAUGUGUUCCUGUGUAUUAGUGGAAUCCGAUGCGUAAAGCUUUAUUCUUUACCAUGGUGAACUUGCUGACAAACACCUUGGCGAAGGCGGGACACACCAGGUAGCGGU